CAGACAUUGAGGCUGCAUCGAAUUGUAUCGCUACUACGUUAACUUGUUACAGACGUCGUGUUUCGAUUUCAAUGUCUCCACCAAAUCACCGGAUACAACAGUAAAGUGCUUAUCAAGUGCCAAUUCGUCAAGGUUUGAAAGGUGUCAGCUAAAUGGGCUCAAUCUUUUCAAGACGCAGAAAUCGGUCAAGAAUUACGGAACAAGACAAAGCUAUUCUAAGGUUGAAGAGGCAACGUGACAAACUCAAUCAGUUGACCAAUAAGCUAGAUAACCGGAUAGAAAAUGAAAAAGUUCUUGCCAAGGAACUUAUUAGGCAAGGUAAAAAGGAGUGAGUUUCUUCGUUUGACCCUUGUGAUGACAUUAGAACAGGUAUCUGAGUCAAUAAUAUUGUUGCCAUUAUUAUUAAUUCUUGAUGUUGCUUAUAUAUCUGAGGGGUUUGGAUUUCUGCAGAUGGUCCUAAUUCGUAUUUUUUUCCCAGGCGGGCUCUGUUGCUGUUGAAAAAGAAGAAGUAUCUCGAAAACCUCAUUCAUAAAACCAGUAUUCAACUGUCAAACAUCGAACAACUUGUCAAUGACAUCGAAUUCGCUCAAAUAGAAGUGGAGGUUUUAGAUGGGUUAAAGUGUGGGAACAAGGCUCUCCAGGAUAUCCAAAAGGUAAUGUCGUUAGAUGAUGCAGAACGGAUUAUGUCAGAGGCUCAGGAUGCUGUGGAAUAUCAACGUGAGUUAGAUGAUAUCGUUUCUGGCGGUCUGUCCUCUAACGAUUACCACGAAAUUGAGUGUGAAUUAACUCGUCUCGUAGAACCUGAAGUUAUCGAUCUCCCACAUGUGCCUGAUCAUCCCAUAGAUCCGUUUGUUGAAAAAAAAUCAAAAGAUCCUGCACGCAGAGAGCAAAGCAGAGAAGCAUUAGCAGUUGGUAGUUAAAUUGAAGAUAUCAUCAAGUCAUUUGGUAUGAAUACAAAUGCUUCAAGUAUUGACAACUGAAAUGGAACAAAUUAUAUGUUUAUACAGUUGAAUUUACUUAUUUGUUAUUUAUUUACAUACAAUGCUUUCCAAUGUACAGAAAUUUGUAUAGUGAUUACGUCAUUAUUACUAUUGUUAUGCCUACCCCUUUCUUCAAUCAUUAGCAUAAUAUAUGCAUUAUAUUAAUGUCCUUCCUUUUGCUGUGAAAUACAGUAUGCAUACCUAUUCAUCAUUUGGUACUACUUUCAAUGUAGAUUGUUUUUUAUGUGUAUGUGUGUUUCUGUAUGCGUUACACAAUUUGAUUACAUUUCAGAGUAAUGCACGGAUUUGUAAGUAUGAAACCACUAGUAAAGCACUUCAUAACACGACCCUGCUUGAAAAACGGAUAUCUUGUCUUCAUCUGUUUUUGGAAAAAAUGAAAUGUAAUCUAUAGUUAUAAAUAUUUUUUAAAAAGUAACCACAAUAAUAAGACUAAUAUUUGAACGAAGAAUAUUCUUUUCGAUAAAUUCUAUUCAGGUUCUACAAUUAUAUAUCCAAAUUAAUAAUCCAAAAAGUGGUUGUGUUAAGGGCAGAGUGCAUCGUUUAAAGCAUGUGGAUUUCAUUUAUUUACUUUAUUUGAACACAAAUAUUGGUACAAAGUGGCACCGAAUACACAAGUGACUUGAUUUGUGUAUGGGCUAUGAUACUACCCAGGUGCUCAAACCGAAGCAGGUGGUUUGCUUAGGGGACCACACCCGGGGCCUUCGACCUAAAGAUCUGAUCCACAAGGCAGUGGAGCAACAUCAGGAACUGUAGUCCCAUGGUAGCCGGUGACCAAUAGUAGAUUCAUACGCCAUUUGUUUCGUCAGGUUACUGGAGCCCAUGUGCACCAUUGGUUUGGAAUCAGGGUUUUCCAACUCCCCUAGAUGGAUCCUCCAUAUCUACCAACCCGGUUAAAUUGCCAGACAUUCGCUUUUCGUCCUCUUAAUUUCGCAAACAGUAAUAGCUAUUUGCCGACCGGAUUUCGCACGUAUGUGAAAUAUCGUUAAUAACCCUUUUCCAUUUAUGCUCUAGAAUUCCUAGGUUAACUCUUACUGACGUCUAAAAUUUUAUGUAUCCAACAGUUACACUAACACUCCGCUUCUAUCUUAUGCUUCUUAAGAAAGCCGUUGGUUUCUUUAUAUUGAAUUUAUACAGUAGUUUAUAUAUUGGUCCACAGUUUCAAGUUGCCUUUUCGCCCUAACUUGACAACUAAUCACAUCAAUCUUAGAAGGAUUAGAUUUUUAUUGUGUGGCUUAAAUUUGUUGCAUUAAGUUUUGAAGUUUGAUAAAAAUUAAUGCACUGAUUCGUCAGAAAGCGUAGCUGAUCUACCUUGAAAAUCGAACCGAUUCUUUCACAUCAGUCUAAAAGUUCACUUGGAGUACUUAACAUUACAUUUUAUGAAUCUGUAGCGAUGGUGACAAAUUAUUCGGGUAUCUUUAUCCAUAACUUCAUGUUAUCUAUUUUUACGGUCUUAUUAUUUAGUUAUCAUUAUUUACAUUGGAGUGAUUAUAAAUAAUGUUAAGGUAUAUACUAUCUGGCUUGCUGUCCCGUUAGUUCAAAGAUUACUGAAACCUUUCAUAACGUUAUUUUACUGUAAACAUCUUAUGUUGCCAAGGUAUUCUGUACAUAAGUUCUCUUAUUUAUUAGUCGCUUGAGAAUAGUUCAUAAAGUCCUACUCAGUCAAUUAUAAUUAUUAUUGAUUGAGAUCAUGAACCGAUUGAUGUUAGACCACCGCAAUAGAAAACCUGGAAGCACUGAACGGCCGUUUCGUCCUAUUGUGGGACUCCGUGACCAGUGGAGCUAAUCCUUGUCGGGUAGAGACAGGUAUCUACCUCAGUACAACGGAAGUUGGUCGCGCAAUUUCGUGGAUUGGUUGAUGUUAGAAACUAUCACCAUUGGAUGCCGGCUCAGUGGUCUAGUUGGUUAAGCGUUCGCGCGCGAGACCGAAGGCCCUGAGUUCGAAUCCCGCGAGCGGGAUCGUGGGUGCGCACUGCUGAGGAGUCCCACAAUAGGACGAAACGGCCGUCCAGUGCUUCCAGGUUUUCAAUUGUUAAUCUCAUGUUAGUGAUUUUUUCUAACUCGUAAUACCUCAUUUUUUAAAAACUAGGUACAAUAUCUGUAAUCUAUGUGAUAUAUGGACCGUUUUCGUUGGUGCUCAGACGAUGUUGAAAAUUAUGGAUCGACCAAUCAAGAUAGCCUAUAUGAAGAAACAGUAGUUUUACAAAAAACUGGCGUCCGUUUAUACGAUGGACCUAAUCGAAGUGCUUUCGAAGGCGGCUUACUCAAGCUGACGACUCAUCGUAUCUUAUGGUCUGAUCCUUUAGCACUGACAAGUUCUUUUAUAGCUCUUCCAUUGGCUGCUAUAAUUUCUGUAAAGGUUGAGGAGGGUGGUAGUAGUCUAACAGUAAGCCGUACACCGAAAUUGAUUCUUCGUCUGUUAACUGUUGCAGCGCUACAAAAUUUAUUGGCAAGUUUACCGAAUCCUCCGCAGUGGAUUGAACACUGGUGUGAAGGUGGUGGAGGUUCUGGUUCUGGAAUCGACAGUAUCACUUUUAGUGCGACUGCAGUUGUCAGCUAUUCAAAAGAAGAUUAUGUCAAAUUAGGCUUUCCAAUGGCUGGGCAUCAUGAAUUUCUACAGUCUCUAAACGAAGUUCUAAAGGUAAAACUGUGGACAUUGUCUUAUCAUUCAGAUUUUAAAUUGACAUCUAAGUCGUUUGGUACUGGAGGUAUUGGGGCAAUUCAAAGACAACAAGCUGCACGUGCUGUUGAAACUGAUCGUAAUAUUACCGAGGCUUUUGAUGAUUUGAAUCAACUUAUGAACAACGCAAGUGAAAUGGUUAAAUUAAGUCGUCUGUUGGCUAAAAAAGUUCGCGAUACAAAAGGUAGUGAUCUAUCAGCUAAUGAAAUCGCUGAACUACGUUCGGCCAUGCUGUCAAUGGGAGUUGUAGAAGUCGUAAGUGGUGGCGAUGACAGACGAUCCUCAUCAUCACUCAGCGGUACGACUUUCUAUAUUCGAUUAGCUCAUCAGGUAUCGAGUAUACUGUUUCCAUUACUAAAAGGUCAAUGUUCCAAUCAUUCAACUGAUCGCUUACAUACUAGUUGUAUUGAUUUAGCAACAGCUUAUUGUCGAGUUAAUCGUGCACGAGGUAUGGAUCUAAUAUCUCCGGAAGAUUUACUUAGAGCCUGUCGUUAUUUAGAUAAAGAAAAACUACCUAUAAGGUUGAAGGGCUAUGCAAAUGGACUUCUAGUAGGUGUAUUUUGUCUGUUAGUGUAAUUAUUAUUAUUAUUAUUCAGCUUGUGUAAAUUUUUAAAAUUACUUUUGUUUCGUUCGAAUGGAAUAUUCCUGCUCUGGGAUUUUGUUAUCCAGUAAGUAAUUUCAUGUAACAAGUGGUUUAGUUCUUGUGAAACAAUUCCUAGAUCUUCAUAAUUCGAUAGUAAUACCGUUAAAUAAAUUUAAUACAAUGCUUUUAUGUAAGCUGAAGAAUGUUUUGCACUUUUUAUCCCGAUAAAUUACUUUUCGUCUACUAGUUCCACACAAUUUUACCAUGGAACGUGUUGAGGAUGCUAGAUCCCCAGAACUCACUUGGUAAACGUUUAUUUUUGUAAUUUUAUUGAUUUGAAUUUCUUGUUUUCGCACCGAAAGCACCCAUUUUCACCUUCAUAUCGUAUUUCCCACUUGGAAUGUUAUUUGUUCGUUGUCGGUUUUAAUAUGCUAUUUUGUGACGUUUUCCAACGACAUUUGUAUGCUGUAUAUAUACGCUUGAGUUGUGCUUGUUGUUAUUGUUCGUUUUUCUGACUGCUUGUGGAAUACACCUUCUCUCUUCUGAACCUGGACUUCUCCCUCUAGUUAGUAGGCUGUGACGCAUCGGAAUAGUUAGCUUAUCUGGUCAUUGUGUCGCUGAGUCUUCGUUCCGUCCUCAGAUUUAGAUGAUCGCAUAAUGUCUUCAAAAAAUAGCAGAACGGUUGGUUGCUCACUAAAUGUUUGGUCAUGUAUUUUUGCGGACGAGACAAAUAAAUGAACAUUGCAAACUUCGAAAGCUAAUUUUCAAGAGAUGAGUACUUAUAUUUUUAACAUGUUUUUGUUGGACACUUAGAUUAAUAGCUUUUUUUAUUGAACUAAUUGUAAGCUUUCAUUUGACUAAUUGGCACUAUUGUUAUGACGUUUUCUGUACUUGAGUUAUUGUAAAUUAAUGAUGAACCUGUAAUUUAGUCUUUGUACCGUAAAUGUUCUACUUGGGGCAUAUAUUGUAAUCUCUUGUUUGUUGUGUGCUGUUGUACUGUAAAUGUUGUAUAUAAUGUGAUUUUCCAAGUCAUGUAUAGAGUUUACAUCGACUGUCUUACUUCGUCAUUCUAAUUGAGGUUUGGCGACAGAGAAAGUUUGCGUACGCUGAUAAAUGUUUUGGAUAUCUGGUCACAGGGUCGGGGGGAUUAAUAUUAUUAGAUUAAGGUUACAGUCAAAGGCUAUAUCAGUAUUCAGACUCAGUUAACUUACUUAUGGCAAAAGUAUGAACAAGUUUCUUUUGUAAGUAUUGUUCAGACAGAUAUUUCUGCAAUGUUAAUAAGACGAAAACACACUGGUUUUUACGGUUUUCUAUUCGCUUUUUAGAUGGUUAUAGAUGACAGAUGUUUAAAUAAAAUAACAUGUCACAGAGUGUUUUUACUUCUAGGCUUAUAAAGCCACUGUUACUUCUAUUCAAACAUACAGGACGGCGUUCUUUGUCUCUUUAGUAGAACAUGCAUCUACUGAAUGAUACACCUAGUACUACAGAAACGUUCAAAUUGAAGAGAUCAGAUGCAAGAAAUUAUUCUUUCGGUUAUCGACCAAUAUAGGUCGACUGAGUAUUACUAAUCUCAAAGUUGAUACAAAAGUUUUUUGGAGUAGUUUUGAAAUUUUCCUGCUAAAGAUGUUAACACCUGUAUCACCCUUAAGAUCAACCUUCAUGGAAAUGAUUUUCAAUAUAUUGUGAACCUUUAUUUUGUUUUUAACUUUCCUUAAUAAUUUGUUUUUAUUUUCUAUUUAGUGCUAUUCUUAUACUUUAAAAAUUUCUUAAUUUUCUUCGUCUUAUUGGUUUAUUGAUUUUUCUUGACAUGCGAAAUAUCAUGAUUUAUAGAAAAUAUAGGUAAAUAUGACACUAGUCAGUAAUAAGUGGUCAAUCCACUGUAAAUAUCUUGGUCCUCAAGAGGUCAGUCGCGCCUAGUGGUAGUCUCAGACUAUGGGGAUGUGUGACGCCAGUUUGGAUCCCCCGAAAAGGACACCAUUUAUCUCAAAAUUAUAAGUAUACGUUGCUGAUGAGUGUUGACUAGCGCAAAAUUUAGAUCGACUUCGGUUUCCAGUCGACUACAUCCAACCAAUCAAGAUAUAUGACUGUCUGAAGUUGUAUUUAGUUUCUGUUGUCAAGUCUAAAAUGACCUUUCCUGUUUGUUAUUUUGCUCUUUUUCUGAAAUGUGGUUUUGACUUUUCCUGCCAAUCUUCUGUGCACGUAGUUUUUUCAUGUUUAAUGCAGCUGAAGACGCUUUCCACCCAAUGGCACUGUAACUGUGUUUGUGUUUAUGUAAGAACUAUUUGUUUGAUUUCAUCUACAUCGAUCUCCUCGAUCAAUAAUUUACUGAGCAAGUUAUCUUUUUUUCUGACUAGCUAAAGCCGAAAAGAAAAUAAGAAGUUUUGUUCAGUGUUAAAUAAUCAAGUACGAAUGUUAUUCACUGUAUAGUCAAACUAUAUCAAUUUAUUUUAUAUUUCCAAUAGAAUUUUUUUACACUUAAGAUCUAAAAUGUUUAUUUUAUGCAUUUUACUAAUAAACAUAAAUUGUUUUUUGAUUACCAACUACAUUUGUUUAUUUUUAGGUUCUUCAGCUGGCAUCUGAAGACGAAAUGGAAACAUUGAAAUCUACUGUAGAAUUAGUGGAAAAACGCAUUAGUUUGUCAGUAGAUGAACUUGCUCAUAUAGUGAACUUCUCUCCUUUUUUGGCUAAGGCAAGAUUGUUGGCAGUUGAAGAAGUCGGUCUCAUUUGUCGUGAUGAUAGCGAGGCUGGUUUACGUUUCUACCCGAAUUAUUUCUUAACUCGUCAGGAUUAA